CAAAAAUACCCUGUUCUUGCUAAAAGACUUUAUGAUGACAUCAAGGAUAAGCAAUUUUAUGAUGUCUUCCAAAAUAAAUGUUUGAAAGAGCAAUCUUUUUUACAUGUCUUCAUCAAAUAUCUGAAUACAAAGUCAAACGACGAUUUAUAUGAAAAUUUUCUAAAUAAUAUUGAUUAUGUCCCUCAUCUCAUCGCCACAGAAUUUAUUGAUAAAAUUGAGGAAGGACGAAAAUACAUUUUUGAAAGACUAAUUGUCGGUGAAACAUAUGCACAGGUGAUGACGGAUUCCUUUAUGGCUGAAGAUGAAGAAAUGCCUGAAAAUAUAACAACAUUUAAAACGAAAUAUCAGAUCCGGGCCCUUAACUGGGUAGUUGCUUACGGUCACGAUGUUCUUUUUGAAUUUCUUAUGGAUAGGAUCUCUCUUAAUGAGAUAGCUAGGAAGGAAAUGUCUUUGUUUUCCUCAUAUGAACAAUCUCAUCUUCUUGUUUUGAGUACUUUUAGUGCAGAUUCACAAAUUACAAAAAAACUAAUUGGAUACUUAGAUUCCAACUGUAUUGACCAAAGUCCUAGUGGUAAAUUUGACCCUUUAAAUAUCCACAUGUGUUAUACACCUCUUACCGCCGCAUGCGUAGGAGACAAUUCUGAAACAAUAGAUGUCUUGCUUGAUGCUGGGGCAGAUAUCAAUAAACGUGAUGACAUGCCUGAGGGAGAUACGCCGCUUACUUAUGUUGCUAAACAUGGAAAUAUAAAGAUUGUUGAACAUUUGAUCAUGAGGAAUGCUAAUAUCGACAAGGUUAAUGGUUGCAAUAAAUCACCCUUAUAUUGCGCGUCUUAUUUUGGUCAUGUCAGCACAGUUCGAUACCUGGUUGCAAACAAGGCUAACGUUAAUAUAUGUGAUGCUUACAAUCAGUCUCCCUUAUUUGUUGCUGCCGAAAAGGGUUUCAUCGAAAUAGUAGACAUCCUAGUGCAAAAUGGAGCAGAUGUUACUAUUUGCGAAAAUAAUGAAAAUAAAACAGCAUUAUAUCAGUCUAUCAGUAAAAAUCACUUAGACAUUUCAAUGUUGCUUCUAAAAUCGAGUGUUUAUGACACAUUACUGAAUUCAAAUACCAUUGAUUUGAUAUUAAGAGAAGGAGUAGAUCUCAACGUUCUUGACAAUGAGGGUAGAACAAUGCUACAAUGGGCUAUAAAGAAAAAAGAUAUUGUAAUUUGUAAGAACUUAAUUGAACAUGGAGCCAAAGUGGAAAGUCUCUUGGAAAAUGAAAUACAUUCCCUUUGGUCACACGUCUUAAUGUCUCACAAUUUUGAUGACUUGAAGUUUGUCGUGAAAAAGUUUGGUCAGCCCAUGCGCUCUGAUAUUCCUUGGAAAGAAUUUCAUUUAUCGAAAGCUUCAGCUGAAAAUAAUUUUGAAGUAGUUAGCGUUCUGCUAAACCUUAAUUUCAGUUCUCCUUACGAAGGUCAGAUAUUGCAGGAACUCUUUACAAUUGCAAUACACAGAGGAAACAUAGAAUUUGUGAAAAAAGCUUUGGCAAGCCAGGUAGAAAUUGUUAACAAAUGCGAACCAUCACUUUCCUUAUUUGGUCCAAAGAAUACAACACCAUUGAAUAUAGCCAUACAACAUGGACACACUGAUAUUGUUAAAUAUUUGGUGGAAAAUGGAUCAUAUGUAAAUAUGCCCGAUCAAACAAACAAACCAUCAUUUUACAGAACAUUUGAGUGUAGAGAAAAUGAAACUGUUGAAAAAAUGGCGCAAAAUAAAGUCAACAUUAGUUUUCCUAAGGGAUUUGAGGACGAAAUGCCUUUACAUUUUGCAAUAAAAAACGGACACACAGAAAUUGUCAAAUAUUUAGUUGAAAGAGGAUCAGAGACAAACGCUCUUGAUUUCAGAAGAAACACUCCACUUUUUUACGCAUUAGAAAACGAUAAAAUCGAAAUUGUUGAAUUUCUUGUUGGACAUGGGGCUGAAGUAAAUGUUCCUGAUUUUUUGAAUGAGACGCCGUUAUGUAAGGCAUCAGAAAAUGGACAAACUAAAAUUGUUGAAUUUCUUGUCGGACAUGGGGCAGGGGUUAAUUUUUUUAAUUUUUGGAAAGAGACCCCCUUAAGUAAGGCAUCAGAAAACGGGCACACUGAAAUUGUUGAAUUUCUUGUCGGAAACGGGGGAGAGGUAAAUGCUUCUGAUUUUAGGAAAGAGACGCCCAUAUGUAAGGCAUCAAAAAACGGGCACACCAACAUUUUUAGAUAUCUAGUCGAACAUGGAGCAAAUGUGAAUAUUGAUAUUUCUGAAGGGAGAUCCCUUUUAUCUAUGGCAUCUAAAAACGGGCACACCGAAAUUGUUGAAUAUCUAGUCGGAAAUGGAGCAGAGAUAAAUGUUUUUGACUCUAGAAAAGAGACGCCCUUAUACAAGGCAUCAGAAAACGGGCACACCAAAAUUGUUGAAUUUCUUGUCGGACAUGGGGCUGAGGUUAAUGUUUCUGAUAUUUGGAAAAUUACGCCCUUAAUUAAAGCAUCAGAAAACGGGCACACUGAAAUUGUUGAAUAUCUUGUUGGACAUGGGGCAGAGGUUAAUGUUUCUGAUUUUUGGAAAAGGACGCCCUUAUGCAUGGCAUCAGAAAACGGACACAUCAAUAUUGUUGAAUAUUUAGUCGAACAUGGGGCAGAAGUUAAUGUUUCUUCCUCUGGGGAAGGGACACCCUUAUACAAGGCAUCCAAAAACGGGCACAGUGAAAUUGUUGAAUUUCUUGUCGGACAUGGGGCUGCGGUUAAUGUUUCUGAUUCUUGUAAUGAGACGCCCUUAUGCAAGGCAUCAGAAAACGGGCACACCAAAAUUGUUGAGUAUCUAGUAGAACAUGGGGCACAGGUUAAUGUUUCUGAUUCUUGGAAUGAGACGCCCUUAUGCAAGGCAUCAGAAAACGGGCACAUUAAAAUUGUUGAAUAUCUCGUCGGACAUGGGGCUGAGGUUAAUGUUUCUGAUUCUUGGAAUGAGACGCCCUUAUACAAGGCAUCCAAAAACGGUCACAACAUCUUAGAAAUUGUUGAAUGGUUCUUCUCGGACAUCAUGGCAUCAGAAAAGGUUAAUAAUUGUUGA